UAUAGUACGGCACAGGCAUUCAAGUCCACGAGGUCUGGUAUCGAAAUAUCUGAUAUGAUCACUGCACCCACAAGCUUGGUGAUAUAUCGAUAAGCAACGUGUCAUGCCUGAAAUCAACCGGUCUCAGGAGAGUCAUGGACUCAUCGCCGAUCUGAUAUUUGAGUUACGGCAUAGGCAUCCAAGUUCACAAGGUCCGGUAUCAAACCAUCUGAUAUGAUCACUGUGCCCAGGCAGUGCUCCUCACGCAACGUUACCAGCCACGUAGAACACUUCCAGCAAAGACUUCAUCAUGUCCGACUCCCCAAUACCUUGUGUUCCCAUCGCCACCAAUCUAGAUACCAGUUAUGGACCACUGCUUGGGAGCAUAUGGCUUGCCUGUAUGUUUUACGGUGCAAAUUGUUUGCAGAUCUUUGUAUAUUUCAUCAAUUAUCCAAAGGACCGGAUGGCACUUAAAAUUAUGGUCAUCUCUAUCUGGCUUUUUGACACUGUGCACCUGAUCUUGGGCUGCAUCGGAAUAUGGCAGUAUUUAAUCUCAAAAUAUGGGAAUUAUGUUUUUCUCUCAGGGACUCAUCCGCCUCUGUUCAUCGCAUUUGUUUUUUCGGGCAUGGUAUCUACAAUUUCCCAGCUAUUCUUCACGUUCAGAAUCUGGCACCUGAGCAGCGGACAUUGGGUUUUUCCUGCUUUUUUGAUCCCAGCGGCCCUUUCCCAACUAGUGCUAUGCUGCUUUUAUACUUUCAAGGGACUGGCAAACAGCACCGUCCAAAAUCUUGAUGAUCUCACCAAAUACGCCACUGCUGUGAACGCACUAGCAGCUGGCACAGACACAAUCAUUGCAAUUAUUAUGUGCACGUUGCUUGUACGAAGCAGAGCGGGCUUCAACAAGAGGACGGAUGCAAUGUUGGCACGGCUUAUCAUCUUGUCUGUCAACUGCGGCCUAUGGACUGGUACGUUUGCAUUAGCAAUUUCAAUCAUGAAUACAGCUAUGCCAGACAAUUUGGUUUACACCUGGCUGCAGUUUUCUCUGUCUCCGUUGUAUUGCAACACCGUUCUUGGUUGUUUGAAUGCCCGAGGCUUCGUCCGUAACGGCAUACAGACAGACCAAAUGUAUACAAGCUUUCAUUUGGGUUCUGCUUUUGGUCGCAAGCCUCAGCAUCCAGGUACGUUCUAAUCAAGAUUGCGCCACUUACAUCUCAUGUCGAUA